AUUUACAGACCGUCUACAGAGGCAAGAACAUACGUAGUUUAGACAUACAACCUCUUGCAAAGAAUCGGCCUCUGGUACGUGAUUCCGAGUCCAAUCGGAGAGGAUUUAUGCAAAUGACAUUCAUUUAUCUAAGCGCUUGCGCUGGUGUACUUAACCCUGAUUUUGUGCUAUGAACCCUAAUGACAUGUAUUCAUGUAGGAAAUCAAAACUCGCAUCCCUUAUUCUGUGAAAUACACCACUGCACUGACAACCUUCUGUGUGAAGGGUUCCGAGAUGCUGCCGAAUUCACGCUGUUUGGAAAGGCCUUCAUAUACUAGUGGAAUUAUAUUUGACUGAAUAAAAGAGAAAAUGCCUUUAAAAGAGAAGCGAACACGCACCAAGGUGCGUGGCAAAUUUCAUGUGAGACAUCAGCCCGAGAAAAUGAAAUAUGAAGCUGAAAGAAGACAGACAUUCAAAGCUUGGAGUGAAACAUGGCCUGUGAAGCCAGAAGAGCUGGCAAAGGCUGGAUUUUUUUACGUCGGAGUAUUGGACAGAGUGAAAUGCUUUUCAUGUGGUGGACAGAUUGAAGGCUGGGAAGAGGGGAACACUGUAAUGGGUGAACAUGAGAACCUGUAUCCGCAUUGUGACAUGGUAAAGAAACAGGACAAAAGAAAUGUUCCCAUUCCUGUUGGAAUGAAAAUGGGAGGUACUGAGCAAACUGAUGGACAUGUCUUCCAGAAUACGAAUGUUGACUAUGUACUUGUCUUUUGUGGAUCUUAUUCAACGGGAAAAUUGACUGCCAAAUAUCCACGUUAUACAAAGGAAGAGACGCGACUCGAAUCUUUCCGAGAUAAAUGGUCAGAUGAAUUCAAAUUACCUUCUUCCGAGACUAGGUGGCUGGCAAACGCUGGGUUUUUCUAUACUGGUCCCGAUGACGUUGUUAGAUGUUUCCAUUGCGGAAAUGGCCAUCGGAGUUGGGAAGAAGAUGAUGAGCCUUGGAGCGAGCACGCCAGAUCCUUUCCGAAAUGCGAAUGGCUUCUUGCAAUGAAGGGCAAAAUUUUUGUUGACGAAGUACAGGAACAUUUCAAGAACGCAAAAGUGAAUGCGGCGGAACAAGAGACCCCGAAUACAGACACCUCAUCAGCUUCUACACCUGUGCCCAAGGCAGAAACGGCUUCGGGUUAUGCAAAAGAAGUACUUACAACUCCGUUGGACAAGCUGAUGGGUAGCGCAACUGUAGAAUUUAUUCUAAGGAAUGGAUUCGACAAGGCAUCCGUGCGUCAGAUUCUGGCCGAACAUGCUCUUAAAAUGGACUUAGAUUUCUCAUCUUCAGACAGUUUGAUUGAAGCUCUACAGGCGAUCGAGAAAGUGAACAACUCAACUGAAGAAAAAUCAGUGGAAUCUUUAGUUAGCCGGACUGAGAUGCAGACAAAAAAAUUUGCUAAUCUUGAGAUAAAAGGAGGUCCGAGACAGGAGGAAGCAUCGAAUAUUCAUUCUGAUCAGAAGACCUUCGUCACUGCAAAAUCUUCAGGGACUCAAUCAUUUGACAGUAAGGACCAACUUGACUGAACCAUAAAAUGUUAAACAAUUGUAAGUCCACAUGUUCAGGGAGAAAUGAAACUUUGUUUCACAGGAAAAUGGGGAGAAAAUUAGAAUAUUUCAUAUUUCAUAUAAUAAAAUACAAAAGUAAUAGUGAGUGUGUGAUGUCAUCAGUUCCCUCAUUAGCAUACCGACCAGGAUGUGCAGAUAACUGUUUUGUGAAAUUAAGCGAAAUUUAAAAAUGUCAUAACUUUCUUAUUUUACAUCUGAUUUUGAUGAAAUUUUUCAGCAUUAGGCUUGUUGGAUUUUUCUCUUUUUAUUCAAAUCAAUUUGUUGUUGGGGUGGACUUGUCCUUGAACUAUCUUAAAUGUUUUAUUGCCUUUAUGUCAAAUACAGCCCACAUAUAAUACAACAACUUUGGAGUGUAGUGUUAAAGGGAUACUCCAGGCUGAAAAUAAUUGAUUAAUCUAAAUAUGGAAUCACUAAGCAAAAUGCAAAACAUUUCAUCGAAAUCUGAUAACAAAUAAAGUUACUGAAAUUUAGAAUUUAGCAAUAUGUUUUUAAAAUAGUUAUACGCACGUUGUCAUGAAUAUUCAUUGGGUAAACUGAUGUCAUGUCCCCACUUUCCAAUCUCUUACGGUAUUACUUGGAAUCGUAAUUGUACCGAUAUUUUUACACAUGUUUGUAUGAUUGAGUCUCCCUUGUAAUAAGAUAAUUUGCAGGAAUGAAUAUCUAAUGCAGUCAAUCAGUUGUUAACCAAAAUUUCUAUAAUUGUUGGAGGACAAUAUCUAAUUAUAAAAUACCAAAGUGAGCAUAUCAUCAAUUUGCUCAUUGAAUAUUCAUGAAUGCUUUCAUAGAACUGUUUCACCGAAAUAAUUAAAACAUUUGAAAUGUCAUAACUUUGUUAUUCUUUGUCAGAUUUAGAUCAAACUUUCAGUGAAUUGUUUGUCUAGUACUUCUUACUUUGUUCGAAUCAUAUUAUUUUUAGCACGGAGGACCUCUCUUAAUAAUCAGAUUUGCUUUAAAACAAAAAUGGCAGGUAUAUGUAUUAUUAACUAAACAGGUUGUUAAACACUGGAUGAAUCUCCUGCAUUAGUAAAGCAGUAAUCUCCAGUGGCGUAACAGGCGGGGGGCAGGGGGGGGCAAGUUGCCCCCCCCCCUGGCGGAUUUCACCGGGAAAAUAAAAGAAAAACGGGAAAAAGAAAAAAAGGAGGGAGAAAGAAAGGGAAAGGGGAAUGAAAGGGGAAAGGAAAGGAGGAAAAGGAAAGGGAAAGGGAAAAGAAAACUAAGAAAACCUUUUUUUUUUAAUGGAAAAGGAAGGAAAGCGGGAAAAUGUACGAAAGAAGAACUGACAUUUGAGAAAGAACAAAUCAUUCCGAAAUAGGCCUAUGUAAUGCAAUAGCACGGUGGGAAAUGAAUUAAAAGAUGACAAAAUGGCAACCAAUAGCGGGAAACGAAGGUAAAGAGUAAUUAGUCAAAAGCUAAAUUGGAAAAGAAAAGGGAC